GAACCAAUCAGAGCACCGGUCGCUAACAGGACACGCCCACAACAAACCAGUGGUGCGUCUCGUUGCGGAAGUUCGGAUCCGCUCGGGUCUUUAUCGUACUGACUCUCCUCAUCACCCGUGUCCUCCAGAGGCCUCCUCACGGACCCGUCUCCUCCGGAGGCCUCCUCACGGACCCGUCUCCUCCGGAGGCCUCCUCACGGACCCGUCUCCUCCGGAGGCCUCCUCACGGACCGGUUCAGGGGUCGACAGAGGAGGACACGCCCCCUCCUAGUCCAGCAUGGCGGACAUCAAAAACUUCCUGUACGCCUGGUGUGGGAAGAAGAAACUCACCCCGAGCUACGACAUCCGGGCGGCGGGAAACAAAAACAGGCAGAAGUUUGUAUGUGAGGUGAGAGUGGACGGGUUCGACUACAUGGGGUUGGGCAACUCCACCAACAAGAAGGACGCUCAGACAAACGCUGCCCGGGACUUUGUCAACUACUUGGUCCGGGUCGGGGAGAUGAGCGCUGCGGAGGUCCCGGCGCCGGGGGCGAGCGCCGCGGUCGCCGAUCAGCCCGACGGAGGAGAUAGAAGUGGCGGCUUCGGGCUCCUGCCCCCCAGCGGUCCUCUUCCUCCUCACCUGGUGGUGAAGGCCGAGCAAGUGUCAGGAGACGGUGACGUCAGUGGGCCGGUUCCAGGGGUGACAGGACUGGGUUACUCCGGAGCCGGGACCUCGGGGUGGGGACGACGAGGAGGAGGACGAGGAGGAGCAGCUCAGUGGGACCGAGGAGCCAACCUGGCAGAGUACUACGCCAAGAGAGACGAACAGGAAGCACAGGCGACUCUGGAGUCGGAGGAGGUCGACCUGAACGCUAAUCUGCACGGCAACUGGACGCUGGAGAACGCCAAGGCCCGUCUGAACCAGUUCUUCCAGAAGGAGAAGAGCAGUGCUGAGUAUAAGUACAGCCAAGUGGGACCGGACCACAACAGGAGCUUCAUCGCUGAGAUGCAGCUGUUUGUGAAGCAGCUCGGAAGAAGGAUCACUGCUCGAGAGCACGGCUCCAACAAGAAGCUGGCGGCGCAGUCGUGCGCUCUGUCUCUGGUGCGACAGCUCUACCACCUGGGCGUCGUGGAGCCGUACUCCGGAGUCACCAAGAAGAAGGAGGGAGAAACUUUGUCGGUGUUUGACGUCAACGUGUCUCUGGACCUUCAGCAGCAACUGGCCGCUGUUGUCCAGGAGCUUGGAGUCCAGAUCCCGCCACCGCCCACUGACCCCAGCAGCCCCGUGUCGCUGGUCCAGGGCAAGAUGGCGACGUUCGAGCCGUCUCAGCGGCAGAGCGGCGCCGGGGUCAUCCCCUGGUCGCCGCCGCAGGUCAACUGGAACCCAUGGACGAGCAGCAACAUCGACGAGGGGCCGCUCGCCUUCUGCACACCGGAGCAGAUCAGUGGCGAGCUGCAGGACGAGCUGAUGUUCCAGCUGAAACAGGACGAGAACCUGCAGCAGAUCCUGGCGCAGCGCGAGCAGCUGCCCGUCAAACAGUUCGAGGAGGAGAUCAUGGACGCCGUCGAGAACAACCCGGUGGUGAUCAUCAGAGGAGCAACGGGCUGCGGAAAAACCACGCAGGUUCCUCAGUACAUCCUGGACCGCUUCGUCCAGAGCGGCCGGGCGUCUGACUGCAACAUCGUGGUCACCCAGCCCAGACGGAUCAGCGCUGUGUCGGUGGCCGAGAGAGUAGCCUACGAGAGAGGGGAGGAUCUCGGGAAGAGCUGCGGCUACAGCGUCCGCUUCGAGUCCGUCCUCCCCCGACCGCACGCCAGCGUUCUCUUCUGCACCGUCGGAGUUCUGCUGCGGAAGCUGGAAGCAGGAAUCAGAGGCAUCAGUCAUGUGAUCGUCGACGAGAUCCACGAGAGAGACAUUAACACGGACUUCCUGUUGGUCGUCCUCAGAGACGUGGUCCAGACGUACCCUCAGGUCCGCGUCAUCCUCAUGUCGGCCACCAUCGACACCUCCAUGUUCAGAGAAUACUUCUUCAGCUGCCCCAUCAUCGAGGUGUUCGGGCGAACUUUCACUGUCCAGGAGUACUUCCUGGAGGAUUGUAUCCAGAUGACAAACUUCGUUCCUCCACCAAUGGACAGAAAGAAGAAGGACAAAGAUGAGGACGGAGGAGAUGACGACACCAACUGUAACCUGACCUGUGGACCAGAGUACUCUGCGGAGACGAGGCGCUCUCUGGCUCAGCUGAACGAGAAGGAGACGUCGUUCGAACUUGUGGAGUCGCUGCUCCGCUACAUCGAGACGCUGCAGGUCGCCGGGGCCGUGCUCGUCUUCCUGCCCGGCUGGAACCUCAUCCACUCCAUGCAGCGCCACCUGGAGGCCAGCCCGCACUUUGGAAGUAACCGGUACCGGGUCCUGCCGCUCCAUUCUCAGAUCCCCCGCGAGGAGCAGCGCCGCGUGUUUGAACCCGUUCCUGAUGACAUCACCAAGGUAAUCCUGUCGACCAACAUCGCAGAGACAAGUAUCACCAUCAACGACGUUGUCUACGUCAUCGACUCCUGCAAGCAGAAGGUGAAACUCUUCACAUCCCACAACAACAUGACUAACUACGCCACCGUCUGGGGCUCCAAGACCAACCUGGAGCAGAGGAAAGGCCGGGCCGGCCGAGUGCGACCCGGGUUCUGCUUCCACCUCUGCAGCCACGCCCGCUUCCAGAGGCUGGAGACUCACAUGACUCCGGAGAUCUUCAGGACGCCGCUGCACGAAGUCGCUCUGAGUAUCAAGCUGCUGCGGCUCGGAGCCAUCGGCCACUUCCUGUCCAAGGCCAUCGAGCCGCCGCCACUGGACGCUGUCAUCGAGGCCGAACACACCCUGAGGGAGCUGGACGCUCUGGACUCUAACGACGAGCUCACUCCUCUGGGUCGGAUCCUGGCUCGACUCCCCAUCGAGCCUCGUCUGGGGAAGAUGAUGAUCAUGGGCUGCAUCUUCCACGUCGGCGAUGCCAUGUGCACCAUCUCGGCCGCCUCAUGCUUCGCGGAGCCGUUCGUCAGCGAGGGGAAGCGUCUCGGCUUCGUCCACAGGAACUUCGCUGGCGGUCGUUUCUCCGACCACGUGGCGCUGCUGUCCGUGUUCCAGGCCUGGGACGACGUCAGGAUCAACGGCGAGGAGGCAGAGAGUCGCUUCUGUGAUCACAAGCGUCUGAACAUGUCGACCCUGAGGAUGACCUGGGAGGCCAAGGUCCAGCUGAAGGACAUCCUGGUGAACGCCGGGUUCCCUGAAGAGAGCCUGAUGACUCAGGUGUUCAGCGCCGUGGGACAGGACCACCACCUUGACGUGGUGAUUUCUCUUCUGACCUUCGGCUCUUACCCGAACGUGUGUUACCACAAAGAGAAGAGGAAGAUCCUGACGACCGAGGGGCGAAACGCCCUGAUCCACAAGUCGUCCGUCAACUGUCCGUUCAGCAGCCACGACAUGGCCUACCCCUCACCCUUCUUCGUCUUCAGCGAGAAGAUCCGCACCAGAGCGAUCUCGGCCAAAGGGAUGACGCUAGUGAGUCCGCUGCAGCUGCUGCUGUUCGCCUGCAAGAAGGUCAGCUCCGACGGAGACGUGGUGGAGCUUGACGACUGGAUCAAACUGAGGAUCCCUCACGAGGUGGGCGGGGCCAUCUUGGCGCUGCGGGCGGCGCUGGAGGCGCUGGUGGUGGAAGUGACCAAAGACCCAGAGUUCAUCAGACAGAUGGAUCCUGGGAACCAGAGACUCCUCGACGCCAUCAGACAUGUGUCGAGGCCCACGGCCACUGGACUGCACCUGACGAGCAGCACGCAGAGGAUGGGAGACGGACCUCGACCUCCGAAGAUGGGACGCUUCGAUGGAGGAGGAGGAGGAGGAGGCGGCUACAUAGGAGGGGGCUAUCGAGGAGGGGGAGGAUACAGGGGAGGUGGGGGUUACAGAGGGGGAGGGGCUUAUGGUGGGGGGGGAGGGAGUUACAGAGGGGGAGGAGGAUACAGGGGAGGUGGGGGCUAUGGAGGAGGGGGAGGGGGCUACAGAGGGGGAGGGGGUUACAGGGGAGGUGGGGCUUACGUGGGAGGAGGCUAUAGAGGGGGGGGUGGAGGAGGAGGGGGCGGGUUUAGAGGAGGUUAUUAAAGUGACAUCAUCUACUUUUCAUCCUCAUCAGAGCGUCUGUCUCAGGUGCCAGAGGCUGCGGGUUAGAGUCCCGACCGGUGACGUCAUCAAUUAUCAUGUUUCUACAAAAUCACUUUAUGUUAAUGUGUAGUGAGAUGAUGAUGAUGAUGAUGAAGAUGAUGAUGAUGAUGAAGAUGUGUCCGUCAGUAGAAAACAACAUAGAAUCGUGUGAUGUAGAAACUGUUUGAUCUCAGCUGAUAUUUGUCCGUUUGAUUAUGAUUAUCAAUAAAUCUUUGACAUUUGA